GAAAAGCCUCCAUAUCUUGCACUUACCUCUCAAUGCAAGACCUUUUUUUGAAUUUCAAAACCAGGACAACAGGAUGCUUCCGUGUAUGCUUUGAUUUUAUUUCUCUUUGGGUUUUUCCCCUUCCCCUCCCCUCUCCUAAAUACCUGCCCUUUGACCCUCACCUCCCUAUACCCUUGAUCCUCACCCUAAAUUCCCUAUGCUUCUUGCACCCUCUUGACCAUGUUGCCAUGUGUCUGCCGACUCCAUCCUCUCUUUGCCUUUAUCUCUAUCGCCUUGCUGACAACAGGGGAAAACUGUCCGACGACCUGCAUGUGCCCGGACGCUCACACGGUGGACUGUAGCGACCGAGGACUCACUUACCUCCCCAAUGAGAUCCCGCUGGAUGUACGCAGGCUUCUACUGUGUAACAAUUGGAUUCCGCGCAUCCCCUCUGACUUCCUCGUACUCUACAGUGACUUGGUGUACUUGGAUCUCCGAAACAAUUCGCUCUCACACAUCGAGCCGGGAACCUUAAGCACCUCGUCCAGGUUGGUUUUCUUGGACCUGGGCAGCAACAACCUGACAGAGAUCCCUAAAGGGACUUUUGGUGAGUCAAGAAGUCUUAUUAAGUUACGUUUGGGCAACAACCCCCAUCUUAGCAUGGUUAGUGAAGAUGCUUUUAGAGGUUUGACCUCACUGCGAGAACUUGAACUAGAGCGCAAUGCCCUCUCGAGUCUACAAGUUGGUGCGCUGAGCCAGCUGCCUUCUUUGCGCAUGGUGAGAUUGGAGGGCAACCCUUGGGUAUGUAACUGCCACUUUGCCAGCCUCUUCUCUUGGCUUAUGGAAAACAGUCACAAGCUUCCAAAUGGAAUGGAGGCAAUGGAGUGUUCUUUGCCCACCGAUGGUCGCCGAGUGCCUCUCAGUCAGCUCUCCCUGGACAGCUUUCGGGAGUGCCAGAUCACCCUCACACUCACUGACUUCCUUAUCAUCAUCUUCUCUGGCAUUUCAGUAUCCAUAGCGGCCAUCAUGGCCAGCUUUUUCCUGGCUUCCACUGUUCACUGCUUCCAGCGCUGGAGCAAAGGUACCAAAGGGGAGGACGAGGAAAGCGAAGGAUGAAGACGAUCACCGAUCUGUCAGCAUCGACUGACUGAUCCCAGACCUGUUGGUAGAGGAAUGCUGGAUGCAUCAGACAUCAGACUUGUUUGGACUGUGAAUAAUCAGACACCAGUUACAGGUAGAGCUGAAGUUUGUCGGCUUGUCAGGUGGUAAAAUUUGAGGAACGUGUCACAAAUGGGUUAUUUCAGGUGGAAUAAAUACGAAG